GGGUUUAUUACAAAUGGAGUUCAGUCAAACUGGGUAAAUGUCACAAGUGGGGUACCUCAGAGCUCAGUGUUAGGACCUUUGUUCUUUUUAAUUUGCAUCAAUGUCACAGCAGUCAACCCACUGCCUCUGCCUGUUGAGAAACUCAACAGGAAGUCAGAUUUUAAUGUUUUUUAAAAGUUUGGAAAGGCAUUUUUAUAUGCAUCAAGUCCCUGAGAAUAAAUAGGUGGAAAUUGCAACUUCUUGUUUGAGGAGAGGGCCACUUAAAGAAACAAAGAAAUGAAGGACAGUAGUCGGGAAACAAGAACAGGGAUCAAAGAAGGAGGUUUUGAAUCCUGUGAAAGUAAAAGCCUCCAUUAACUUUUUAACAACAAUGAAAAUGGAGCUGCUAUGCCUAAGACUAAUAAUUAAUGGUAUGAAGGUAAUAAGUUGAAUUGACACUGGGUCAAAUUAUUCAGUAAUAAAUGGAAAUAUAUGGCAACAAAUCAAGAGAAUUUAUCCAACUCUUCAUUUAAAAACUUGGAGUAAAGGUAACACGUGUCUUGCAGAUGGAAUGAUUAAUUGUCAACUGCUAGGAUAUUUUGGGUAACAAAUAGCAUUUUGGACCAAUGUUUUGUUGUCAUUAUAGGUUUGACUGUCUCCUGUUUUAUUGUAUUAGACUUCAUUCAGCAAAAUGAAGCAACCCUAAACUUCUUUACAAAUGUUCUUCAAUUAAAUGUGCCAUCUGUUAGGCAUGACUCUGAGGCUGAAAAUAUACUGGUUGAAGAAGUACAAUUUUCAUAUUUAAAGAGUGACUGUGAACAAUUAAAACAAUUUGAGUCAAAAUAUGCCAAUAUUUUUAACAAUAAACCUGGCCUCACGGAUUUGUCUGAACAUAGUAAUGUAACCAUGACGGAAAAGCCAAUGUUUAGUAAACCUUAUCGUUAUUCUCCUACUAAAUUACAAGUGCUACAUGAUCAAGUGGAUGAAAUGCUUCGUGAUGCAUUAAUUGAACCCUCCACUUCUUCUUGGCCUUCUCCAGUAGUUAUUUUCAAGAAGAAGAUCAAUUAUUUUGGGUUCUGUUUAGACUACAGUCUCAGAAUCUGACCAUUAUCUAUUGCCUCAUAUAAGUGAUAUUUUGAAUGCUUUUUCAUUUCAAACUUUGCUACAGUUGCCGAACCUUUAUAUGAGUUAGGAAGGAAUCAUAUCAGGUGGAGAAGGACUCCAUAGUGUGAGGAUGCAUUCCAGAAACUAAAGCAGGCUUUAUGUGAAUCUCCUGUUUUGCAACUUCCAAGAAAAGGUGAACACAAUUUUAUGCAUAAUGAUGCUUCAAAUGUUAGAUUAGGAGCAAUUCUGCGUCAGAAAGGUGUCACAACAUUUUCCAGUAGAACAGUGAACUCUGUAGAAAGAAACUAUACUGCUAUAAAAUUAGAAUGUCUAGUCAUAGUCUGGACUGUAAAAAAAAUGUAAGAUAUGCAUAGAUGGAGUAGAAUUUAACAGUUAUAACGACCACGCUGCCUUGAAAUGGUUACAGACAGCUCCAGAUUUAACUGGUAGACUGAUGAGUUGCUUAUUAAAAUUGCAGGACUUAACAUUUGAAAUACUUUACACAUACAAAAAAGAUAACCAGUUACCUCAUGCCCUAUCUAGACAUCCUAUUGAUCUGCCAGAAAAAACUCCAGAAUUGGAUGUUGGUAAGCUAUGACCUAAUCUUUUUGCCACUGUCUGUGUUAAAACUAGAGAACAGAACUUCCUUCCUUGGUACCGACUGAUGAAAUACCCAGCAUCACCUGAAACCAUAGAUGGACAAACAGCAGAAUUACAAGAUGUCAUACAGAAGACAAAUCCAACCAACAUUGAAAAGGCUCAGAAGUGACAGCAACAAGCCUACAAUUAUAAGAGAUGCCCAGACAUGUUUAAAUGCAAAUUCCCAUGACACCAAAGAAGAUGGUAAUCAUCCUAGGCAGUUGUAGCAAAAUGAAAAUGUUGAUUACAGAAGACUCUAAGGUUGUUUCCCCCACAAGACAAAGGACUUUUUCUGGUGUGUCCACUUCUCAUUCUUCAGUGGAUCCUGCUGAUGACUUACCUCUGUCUCCUCCUCAAAGGACAAUGCAGCCAUAUUGCAUAGUUGAUUAUCGUAGUUAGCUGGUUUUCGAACUCUUAAAUUUCUGUUUAUUCAAAACUCCAGGAUGGGAAGCGCACCCUAGGAGGGCAGAAGAAAAGAUACAAGGAUUCACUGAAAGCUGAGUUGAAGGCAUUUGCCAUAAACACCAACAACUGGGUGAGGACUGCGCAGGACAGAGCAACAUAGCGAACAGCUGUUCAUAAUGGUGCCAAAUCCUGUGAAGCCAACAGAAUGAUGGCCGCUGAACGCCGUCGCCAGACUAGGAAAGCAAGAGCCGACAGAUCUCCAAGCUCAGCCACCAUUCCUUGUCCACACCGCCAAAGAAAUUCCGUGCACCAAUUGGCCUGAACAGUCACCUUCGUACCCACCGAAAUCAACCCCAAACCCAGUCCCACCCCCUGAAUGAGUAGAUGGUCUUCAUCAUUUCUUGAUGGACGAACAACAACAAUAUUCAAAACUUUUAAUGUUUUUUUUAGAUGAACACCGUACUAUCAAAUAGCUGCAGUGUAUGAAGAUCAAGAAUGCAGAAGGUCAGUUUGAUGCAAAUUUUACCUUACAAAAUGUGUGGGGACGACUUCCAUUUGAGCCUUCUCGUUCACUAAUUCAGUGUGUGAGUAGUAGUGGACAACCAGAAAAAAUAAAGUUUGCAAGAACCAUAGACGUUGGAGAGGGCCUCAAGUUACCGAAGUAUACUCAACAGUUUCUUCAAGGUGCACCUGUAUAUUCUCGUAUUCUUUUCAUGCCCAGUGGAGAUUCAUUAUCACGAUUUGGAGCUUUCCACUGUGAAGUCACUAGUGGUGGGGUGACAACCAAAAUUACAACAUUGAAAUUACCCCCUGAACGUAUUGCUGAAUUUGAGCCAGAGGAGACAUACAUUGUAGUAAAUCAAGGAGAAAAAGUGCAUCUUAUUAUGAAAGAAAUGAAACAUCUCGAUCUACCCAUAAGAUGGCGUUAUAAUGGUGGUGACAUUAUUGAAAAAUGGAAUGACCAACUGACGGUCACUAUUCCAGCUGCCUCACUUGCUGAUGCUGGAAUUUAUGAGUGCUAUUAUGAGGGUAGAAGAAAUGAAUUUGUUCAUGGAAUUUUACGACUUAUUGUUCGAGGGUGCGAAGCAGAGAAAUUUGGUCAACUCUGUGAUCAGGAUUGUCCUAUAUGCUAUAACGGUGGAAUUUGUCAUGACCUGUGGGGAAUGUGUGUUUGUCCACCAGGAUUCAUGGGAUUGCACUGUGAAAAAGCUUGUGGUGCUAAUCACUUUGGGGCUGAUUGCACCAAGAUUUGCUCACCAGUAGGGAAUGUAGACAGCGGUUGUGCCAUUCAUCUGUUCUGUAAACCAGACCCAUAUAGUUGUUCCUGUGCUCCGGGCUACAAAGGGCCUAAAUGUGCUAUAGAAUGUAAACUUGGUUGGUAUGGAGCAGAUUGUAAGCAGCCAUGCCAUUGUAUUAGUGGAUCAAAAGCUUGCAACCGAAUAACAGGAGAGUGUGAUGGUGGCUGUGACCAUGGUUGGAUUGGUGAAUCGUGUCAGAUACGAGAUCCAUCAGCAACUUUUCUACCAAACAACACAAAUAUUAGUUGUCCUGUUGGAAAGUUUGGAAAAACGUGUGACCAAAAAUGCCACUGCAAAGAUGGUGUAGCUUGUGACAGCUUAACUGGUACUUGUCCAGGGAAGUGUGAAAAUGGAUGGUCAGGACCUUCUUGUGAUGAAUGUGUGGAAGGGCAGUUUGGUGAAAAUUGUGAGAACACAUGUCAUUGUGAAGGAGGACACAUAGAUUGUGAUAAGAAUGGCUUUUGUAUUCAAGGUUGUGUAGCUGGUUGGACUGGAUUUACUUGUCAGCAAAAAUGCAACCAGGGGUGGUUUGGACAAAACUGUGCUUACUCUUGCCAUUGUAAAGAAGGUGUUAGGGUUUGUGAUACGAUUACUGGAAGUUGUGAAGGAGAUUGUGAAGCAGGAUACAUGGGGGAAAACUGCCAAACCUUUUGCCCUAAUACUCACUAUGGUGUCAAUUGUAAUAAAUCCUGUACAUGUAAGAAUGGUGGCCACUGUAAUCGAAUUGAUGGAAGCUGUGUAUGUGAAGGACGAUGGAAGGGAAGCACAUGCACAGAAAAUAGUCCACAGAUUGUUGCAGCCCCUGAUGAGGAAGUAAACACUGGACAACCGAAAUCUGUUUCUUGUACAGCUGAUGCUAUUCCUCCUCCAUCUAUCCAAAUCACAACAAGUAAACUACCUGAUAUACACUCCAAAAUUAAGCAACUGGCUAAGAACCAAUAUCAAGUAGUUGUCUUAGUCACUGCAACAGAAGCUGGUAAUGUGGAAUUUUUUUGCAUUGCACGCAAUGGUCAUGGAUUCACCAAAAAGUCCUUCACCUUACAUGUUAUUGAUCCUCCUGUGUUGAGGGAGCGACCAAAAAUACUUAGUGUGAAUUCCACAUCUGUAACUGUAGGUUGGCGUCCAUGGGAAUUUGAAAAAGAUGAGGGUGGGAAAAAAUCUGAUAGAGUUAAUUAUAUGGUAGUUUAUCGUGAGAAGAAAGAUAUUCAGUGGCAGAAGCUAGACACCUGGCAAUCAGGAUUAAGUGCCAUCAUUCCAAACUUACUGCCUGACACAGAGUAUGAAGUAGCCGUUAGAUGCCAGAGAGUAGGACGUGGGGGAGAAGGGAAACCUAGUCUGAGUAUUUCCAUUCAUACACUGUGUGGAAAACCAACUUCCGAAGGAAUCCCACAUGAUUUUCUAGCUGUGGCACCGAAUGCUACAUCCGUUCAACUUACUUGGAAGCACCCAAUGUUGUCAGAGUUACGAUGCCGUCUGUUAGCUUACCGACUUCGGUUCUGGAAGACGUCAGAUAAUGUUUCAAUGCAGCAUGCUGAGAUAGCCAGCUCUGUAGAAAGAUACGUGAUUACUGACCUUGCAGUUCACACUAAUUACACAUUUCAGCUAUAUCCACUUACUUCCAGCGGUUUAGGUUCUUAUUAUGCUUCUGUGAAUGUUACCACACCAGAAGCAGUUCCAGGUCCAGUUCAAAAUCUUAGGUACCAUCACGUACCUAAUCCACACAAUCUGUUAUUAACAUGGGAUACCCCAUUUGGUAAUACUGGUUCUCUUAAAAUAUAUUCAGUCAAGUAUGGUAUCGCAAGUAUUAAAAACUGUGGAAAUUCUUCAUUCGAAGCAACUGACCCAGGCGUUUUUACGGCUCUCACAACUAAAGACAAACAGAUAACCCUGAUAGGGCUCCAACCUUACUCCAACUAUUACAUAACAGUCUGUGCUAGUACAUCAGCUGGAUUUGGAGAUGUACAAGAAUUAUAUGCUGACACAAAAGAAGCAGCGCCAACAGGUGUUCCUCAGAAUAUUCGAGUUAUAACAGUAGGUAAAACUGUAUUAGAGUUCCACUGGGAUCCAAUUCAAUGUGAUAAAUCCAAUGGAAAGAUUAUUAACUAUGAAUAUGCUCUUCAACAUGUCACUUACUUCAGAAUAAACAAAACUAGAAAGAAAAGAAAAGUAUUGAACGGAAAGUGGGCUGUGCCGGUAACUAAAACAAAUGGAACUACUGUAUUUUUGACUGGACUUAUCCCAUUCCAAUCAUAUGCUUUCGUUGUUCGAGGAUAUACCAUAUCUGGACCUGGUCCUUUCUCCAAAAAGAUAUUUGAGAAAACUGCAGAGGAUGUACCACCCGCUCCAUCAUUGUCAGUUAUGGCAAAAAGUGAUAAGGAUAUAACCCUGAAAUUAAUACCGCCUAAUCCAUCACACGGAGUGAUUCUCCAAUAUAGGUUGUCAUACUGGCCAGCAGAAAAUAAAUCUCUUAACACAAGCUUUAUCCUAAUAAACAACACAGGCAAGAAAGAUGAUGAUGAUAAUGACUCUGGAAGUGUUAAAACAUAUUUGUUGCAGAAGUUGUUGCCAUACACUCAGUAUUCAGUGAAAGCUCAGUGCUCUACGAAACCUGGGUGGGGACAGUGGAGUAAAAUUACUACUGUUUCUACUGAAGAAAGUUUGCCAGAACCUCCUACUUUCAUCCAUCUGUUAUCUAGAACAAACAAUAGCUUAAAAAUUGGAUGGUCACCACCUGGUCAUUCUAAUGGAGUCAUUAUCUUGUAUCAUGUGAAAUAUCAACCAUUAUCUACAGCUGAUCCUCUGUAUGAUGUAGAGAAGUCAUUAGCUAGGUCCUCCAAUGUCAGUUUUACAACAAGAUCAUUUGACCUUACUGGCCUUCAUCACAGCACAGAAUAUCAGUUCCAGAUCCGGGCCGCAACUCAAGUUGGUUUUGGAAAGAAAGCUGAAGCUGUUUAUUGGACAGAGUUUGCUGAAAUUGAUGCUCCACCAAAUCCUAUUAUUCUAAAAGAGCACGUGACUGACAGUACUGUGUUUAUUGAAUUCACACCUUCGGAUCAUGCUGGAGUAAGAAAAUAUCAGAUAAUUGUUGAGGCAGCUCACAAUACAGCUGGUGUGGAUGAGAUUAAACUGAUGGGCUACAAAGGAAGUGUGGAAAAUAAAAUUCCUUAUUACAUAACAGCAGAACUGGAUGCUUCUGAAGUUUCAAAACAUUCCAAAUAUAAUUUUGUCGUGGGUGAUGGAAAAACUUAUGGUGGGUUUACUAACGUACCACUGAAGGCUGGUGAAAGAUACAACAUCAGAAUACGUACAAUUGCCCAGUUUGAAAUGGAAGGAAGGUCAAGAUCAGCUAUAUCAUUUCCAGAGUCCUCAAUUGAAGUUGGAAGAACUGAAGUACGGAACAACCAAACUCAAAUCCUUGGAGUUUCAAUACUUUAUUUUAUCUUCAUAAUUUUAGGACUUUUUGUUGUGUUAACAGUUCUUUUGCUGUUUCUCGGGCUUUUUCUUAGUAAACGCAAAAGGAAAAGUGCACAAUGUCAAGAAACAACUAAUGGCUUCACUAAUCCUGGCAUAUCAGAUACAGGAACCUGGUCUGUAGCUUAUAAGGUAACUGAAGCUGAAGCAUCAGACAGCCCUGUAGUGGAAACUUCCCAAGCCAUAAUACUUCAGAAAGGAAAUGAAAAAGGGUCAUUUGCAAAACAGAACAGAAGAAAGUUUCUCCACAGCCCUACCUCAGUUCGGGUACAGAAAUUAUCAGACUACAUCUUUAACAAAAACACCAGAGUUACUUCAGGCUUUUCUGAUGAGUUUCAUGUAUGUACUACUUUGACUACUAGACUUUUUAAUACUAAUUCAUGAUUUAAAAAAAAAACAAUCAAAUACAUA